CUCUACUACCCUUCCAUCACUCCCAGAAUUCAUACCUUGAUACCUGUCAAGCAAUUACUUCCCUCAAAAAUGCCCACCCCCAAUAAAGCAAUCAUCUUUAGCAAGAUCCCCGAUGGGGCGCCUGUCCCGGGCACCGAUCUUACCGUUGAACAACGCGAGAUUGAUCUCAACCAGCAGCUUCCCCCCGACAGCGUCCUCACGAAGAAUCUUUAUGCCAGUCUGGAUCCUUACAUGCGCGGCCGGAUGCGGGAGCCCAGUGUCAAGAGCUACAGUCCCCCGUAUUCGCUUGGGGAGCCGAUCACCGCCUACAGUAUUGGGCAGGUAAUCCGGUCGGAGAAUCCCAAAUACAAGACAGGUGAUAUUAUCUGGUGCAUACUCAAGGUCGAAGAGUACAGUGUGGUCUCCAAGGAACAGCUGGCCUGGCCUCAUACAGAAAAGCUCAAUGUGGUGCCCGGACUGCCGCUGUCGCAUUAUGCCAGCAUUCUUGGGAUGACAGGCUUGACUGCUUAUUCCAGUUUGUAUGAUAUUGGACAGCCUAAGAAAGGUGAAACAAUCUUCGUCUCCUCCGCUGCAGGGGCCGUGGGACAAGUGGUCGGUCAGCUGGCCAAACAUGAGGGACUGCGUGUGAUCGGUAGUGUUGGCGAUGACGACAAGCUGCGCUUUAUCACCGAGGAGCUGGGCUUCGAUGCCGGCUUCAAUUACAAGAAGGAGAAGCCGAGUGAUGCACUGGCGCGACUCGCGCCCAACGGGAUCGACAUUUAUUAUGAGAAUGUUGGUGGUGAGCACCUGGAAGCGGCCCUCGAUACUAUGAACAACUUCGGCAGAAUCAUCUGCUGCGGUAUGGUCUCGCAAUACAACCUGAAGCCCGACGAAAGAUUCGGAAUCAAGAACGUCACGAACGUGGUCGGGAAAAGAAUCCGGAUGCAAGGGUUCAUUGUCGGAGACGAAAACAUGGGCCCGAAGUACAAAAAGGAAAGAGAUGAACGGGUGUCGGCGUGGCUCCUUGACGGCAGUAUCAAAGCCACGGAAGAUAUCACCACUGGAAUCGAGCACGGGCCCGAAGCCUUGGUCUCGAUGCUUCGUGGUGGAAAUCGCGGAAAGACCAUCCUGAAGAUUGCGGAUCCCGAGUAAUUGGAUUCGAUCUUACAAGGCGAGAUACUCAUGUUGCGUCCCUACUAGUAUAGACGGAGAUGGCACAUGGACAUACACGAAAUGACCAUAUUCAUAGCUCCAAUAUCAGUCAUACAUUGAGUGAUCACAUAGAGUUCGUUCUCCAGCCGAGUGAAACAUUUCGUGUCUGGAUGAUGUCUUCAUGCUCUAUGUAUCAUGCUAUGUGUUUCUGCAUCAUCCUCAUGCUGCUUGAAUCCGAGUCAAAGCUUCUGACGAUUCU